UUAUUGUGCAGUUGGGAAGGCCACGCUUUAUUUACAAAUGACUCAUGAAUAUAUUAGAGUUCAACAGUAUAUGAAUGCGGCUUUAGAGAAAUAUCGCUUUAUUGAUCCCAUCCGCAAACAGUUUUUAAGUUACCUUUGUUAUAAACCAAAGCAUAAAUAAAAUAGCGGCCAAUUUUGAUAGUGAGCAUUGAGCCAUUGCAGUCAAUAGUAAUCCAGAUAAGGUAAAAACAGGAUAUACGACAGAACAUAAAUUUAUAAAUUAAAGGUGAUCUUGUACACGCAGAUUUAAAAAUUCAGUAAAGGAGAUUUUUGUCGAAUGACUUUUUUAAAAGAAAUAACAUGUAUACUGUGCUUGUUGUGCAAUUGAAGAUUACAAUAAAAGUGACUUUGCUAAAUUGUUCUUAAUAUAUAGUCAAUGCACUUGAGUUGUUUUAAUGGGAUUAAAACAAAUGGAUAACAGUGAAAUAAAAAUAAUAUCUUUAAUACCUUCUGUAAGGAUGGGUUAGUUAGUUCAUUUCCACUAAAAACUAUAGAAUGAAGAAGUAUUUACAGUAUAACACUUCACAUUAUCGUGAAGCUCCCACAGGCAUUGGGGUCCAUUUGCCAAAAAGACAAACCAUUGAUACUUGUCAAAAUGAAGCAAGGGUUCCAAAUAUUCUGGAUUUAUCCGGGAGGCCUAAUAUUCAUCAUGGUAUGAAGGCUACAGAACAGAAAGAAGCCAAAGAGCAGGAAGCUGCAUUAGAUUUGUCCAAGUAUGGAAGGCAAGAGUCGCAGGAAGAGGCAUUGGAUUUGAGCAAACCAUGUGUCAAAAGACCAGAACGUCCUAUGAGCCAAUCAUAUCCUCAGACACAUUCAGUCAACCAAUCACAACAACCCAUACAAACACCUCCUGCUACCAGACAUUCUAAGUCUCCGGCUGGCCAACCAUACAGCUUGUUACAAGCUGCACUGAAUUCAAGCCAACCAAAUGCUGGGUUAAAUCCAAUAUUUGAAAGGAUUGGCCAGUCAACAGCAGUUAUGUUAGACCAAAGGGCAAUGAUUUUUUCCACUGCAGGUAUGCCAGUGACAGACUAUGGAAGGACAAUUAAACCAUUCUCCUCAUUAUCCUCACGACCACUGGGAAUCACUGUGCCCCACAUGACACCAGGGGCAGUAAUUCAGGGAAUGCACAAACCUAUUGCUAUAACAACACCACAGCCACAUAACUCCUCAGUUAACACCAAAAGUCAAACUGUGAGUGAUGCAUCAGUUAGUGUGACAGAUGCCAGUCAUUCUAUACCUAGUACAAGUAGCCAAGGUUUCUUAGUUAGCCAGUCAAAUUACUCCUCUGGACACAACAUUCAGAUCAGUAGACAAUUGAACUCUGGAAAGAUUGGAAAUGUAGACUCUAUAAAAUAUUCUCCUGAAAUAUUAAAAGAUGCAAACAGGGUUGAACGUUAUUUAAUCCAACCGCCGAAGGGUUUGAAUAAUGUUGGGAAUAUUAAUGUGGUACCGACAGAGGUUCUGGCCGGAUUCUCUUGCAAUCAGUGUGUAAAAACAUUCAAAACUAAAGCUGCAUUAAAGCUUCACACUACAGUACAUAAAACAGCAGAAGAGAGACAAUAUGCAUGUACAAUUUGUUCUCGGCGUUUCUUACAUCGCCACCAUUUAGUUGUUCACCAGAGGAAACAUAGUGGUGAGAAACCAUUCAAAUGUACUGCUUGUUCUAAAACAUUCAUGGCGAUUUUUCUUCUUCACAAACACCUUAGAAAACAUGCUCGUGAAACUGGACCAGUUUCUCAGAUAUCAACAGACCAGUUAAAACAGCUUCAUGAUAAAAAGCUUCUACAGCUUCCUACUUCAAGAGUUGUUUCUGACGUAAAUACAGCAAAACCACCUUCUGACAGUAGCUCAGUUAUAGUGUUAGAUGAUGAUGAUGAAGAAGUUGUAAAUGCCACUGUUGAAAUAAAAGUUCAUGAUGGUGAUGAAGGAAAAUUGGACAGAAAACGAUAUGAGAGGCAUAAAAAUAAACAAAUUCUUGAUAUGUUUGAAAAAGAUCCUAGCAUGAUACUUGAAAAAUUAAAGGCAGAUUUGAUGAAGAACAAAACAGAAUUUGAAAACCAGAAACAUAUAAAGACUGUUACUGAAGAAACUGUUGAAAUAAUCAAACAUUCAAAGGCUGAGUUUGAAAAUAAAUUAACAGAAGAAAGAAGUAACAGCCCUGAAAAAAUAAAUACUAAUAUUGAUAAGAAAGUGACAGAAAACAACGAACAAUCAAAGGUCCAGGAGGAUACAGAUUAUUUCAUUAAGUCUGAAGAUGUAGAUCGCACAUAUAAUUACAUUAUUAAAGACAGUAAUUAUGAUGAAGUUAAUGUUGACAUGGGAGAGAAAGAAGCCAUUAAACAAGAAGUGCUUGAUGAUAUUCAGAGGGAAGAAAGUAUCGAAAAACAAAAUCCCUUUCCUGUGUUUGAAUCAGAUGAUGAAGUUGAACUUGAUUUUACUACUGGUGAAUUGAAAGUGGUUGGUAAAAGAAAUAUGUAUGAGGUAGACAUGAAAGAAAAUGGCACAGAUACUGAAAUGACAAAUGAUGCAAAUAUAGAAAGUGAAAAUAAAGUAGCAGCCAUAGAAAUAGAGGUUAAAAAUGAAAAUUGUUUUGAAAAUAAUGAAGAUGGUGACUGCAAGAAAGAAAUUGAUGAUUUAAAUAAGACUUUGUGUGCAGAUAAUGAAAAUGCAAAUAAUUCAGAAUGGUCAUUUAAGAAAGGCAAGUUUGAUUCAAACUUAAAGCAGGAUAAGCAGGAUUCAAACUUUGAUCAUGACAGAGUUGAGUAUAACAAGGAAUUAGAGAAGUGGGAAAACAUUAAGGCAGAUUACGUUAAUUCUAUUGAGGACGGUAGUUCGAAAGAUGAUUUGUUGAAAGAAAAGAAUUAUGAGAAAUCAGAUAUGAAUAAAAUUGAACAUGUAAGUGGAAAUAUAUUUGAAAAGUUUAAAGAAAUAAGAGAUGGUAUGAAACAAUCAGAAGAUAAAAAGUUAGAAGAUAAAUCUAUCAAAGAUGGUAUAAAUGACAUUAAUAGAGAUGUUGAAGCUAUUCUUGGAGUCAUCAAACAAAAGUUAUGUGAAAGUGAGGAAAACAAAUCCGAGUUAUCUAAGAAACCCAAACUUAAUGAAAAAGGCGAAGGAAGUGAACUGCUUCUAAAUGUACUUGCUCAGAACAAAACUAAUGGUACUGAAACAGUAGGCCUUAUUACACCAAAGCAUAUCCGACACAGGAAAGGAAAAAAGAAAGGGAAAAAAGUAAAGUGCGAGAUAUGCUCAAGAAGUUUUCAUUCGGAACAUUAUUUAGUGUUGCAUAUGGCAGUGCAUAAAAGAAACCCAAUGUUACAGUCAUUGAAGAAAGCGAAGGACUAUCAAAUGAAAGCAAUGGGCUUCUUAAAUAAAACAAAUGUAACUUGUGAUAUUUGUAAGAAAGUUUUUAAGUUUCAAAAAAGUUUGAAUUCCCACAUGCGUGUUCAUAGUGAAAAAAUGAUCCAAACUAAAUUGUACCGUAAAGCUUUUAGGGACUUUAUGGCGGAGGCGGCACCCCAAAGCUCAAGAGGCCUUAGUUCAGAUAAAGAAAAAUCUCACACACUGAACACUGACACAGAAUCUCAGUUUAGAAGAUUUAGUUCAGGGGAACAACUUCUAAAUAAGGAAAGCAAAAUUUCUGCAGCUUCUUUAAAGAGGGUCAGUUGUGAUAUUGAAAAUCUGAAAGCUUUUAACGAAGACCAGUAUGAUGAUCCACCAAUAAAAGUGAUAAUUGGUGAUGAUAACAUUAAACGAUACUUAUGUCAUGCUUGUGAUAACACAUAUACUACUCGACAGAAAUUAAGAAUGCAUGCCCUCAUUCAUAAAGACAAUUGUUUUCUUUGUCAUGUGUGUGGUAAGUCAUUUUUCCGUCAUAUAACACUUGAAAAACAUAUUUCAACACAUAGGUUACCCAGACCUCAUGUCUGUGAAACUUGUAAAAAAUCAUUUAUACAUAGAAGUAGUUUGAUGCGACAUAAGGUCAUUCAUGAAAAAUCAAUACCAAGCAUUAAACAACAAGUAGCAGACAUAAACUUUGAAAUGAAAAUGUUGGACACAUACACAAUGCUAAGGCAAGAAAGAAUGCAGAAGUUCCAGGCACAGAAAUGUAAUGAAACAUCAAAUAAUGAACCAAUGUUGUUGAAAACAGGGAAUAAAUUUGAUCCUCUGGAUUUAUCUGUGGGCAUUAAAACAGAAGAUCUUGGUUUACCCCCAGUUUUAUCUCCAGUAAGUGCUGGCAUACCAAAUGUAACACAUGCCAGUACCUGGAAUCUAAGCCCACCAUUGAUAACACAUGAAACAAAUAGUGAUAUUGGGGAAAGGUUUUCAGACAAAACUAAAGUAAUUAAAAACAUUGAAAAUGAUAAUAAGCUUGGGAAGGUUGAGUCUCUCAAGUCAUUAGAAAUAAGAGAAAAUCGAAAAAGACGGACAGAGUCUACUUGUAGUGACUCAGACAUGGUAGCCGUCGAAGGGCACCAGGUUGUCCAGAAAAGGUCACGGAAAACACGUGUUUAUCAGACGUCGUGUAGGGUUUGUAAAGAAGUGUUCCCAAAUGUAAUGUUAUUAAAAUCUCAUAUGGUAGUGCAUAAUACUGUGGAGACACACUUGUACGAGUGUCACAUUUGCAGACAUAGAUUCACUCAAAGCUGCAGUCUGUUACGGCACUUGAAAACCAGUUGUCAGGAAAAUCGUAUGAAAUGUGUGCCAUGUGGGAGAACGUUUCAUCGGAGAAACACGUUUGAUCAACAUAUGCGUCUUCAUCAAGGUGGACCUCCAAACCUGGAUGGAAGUUUCUUUGACAAAAGACUUGAUGAGGCUGAAGUUAUUGAAGAGCGAGAAAGUGAUAUAGAAAAUAAUAACCUUGCAAAAAUUGAGGGCGGGGUUAUGCAUCCGGAUGGUCAUAUUCCUCCUUUAAGAUUAGAACUGAUAAAUAUGAUAGAAAAAGAUUCAGAUAAUAAUGUCACGGUAAUUAAGCACGAUGGAAACGAUUCUGAUUCAGAUGCCAGGACUUACCUGUAUUCAGAAGGAGAAGUUCAUUCUAGGUAUAAUUCAGACUUUUCUGAUAAUGACUGGUCCCCACCACAAUCACCAAGAAAACCAUCAAUUCCUCAGGACUUAUCUGUCACUAGUGGAAAUAUGACAUUAAAUUUGCUUAGUGCAGUGUGUAGUGACAUUAUUAAUGCUGAAAAAGAACAGGAGGUGAAAAGAAAAGAAAUGGAAGAAAAACAAAAAGAACUUGAGACAAUUGAAAUUUUGGCAAAUUUGAAAAGAGGUGCGAUGCAGAAAUCAGCUAGUCCCUCUUCAGCAGAUAUGAAUGUAUAUCAUGUUGCCUUUCCAUUUACCUCUUGUUAUGAUAAAAAUAAAGUACCUUCAAGUACCCAAUCAGAAAGUACUACUCUCUCAGAUCUAAGAACAUCACAGCAUAAAUCAAACUUCACAAGACAGAGUGAUCAUACAGAACAUUUAAUUAAUGAUAAAAAUAAAAUGGAACAGCAUUCAGAUCAUUUGAAUUUUGAUCAUGAUAAAAAGAAUUCCCACAAUAAACCUGAAUCCCUACCAUUUACAUCUUUUGCUACCCAUAAUCGACAAAAUUUGCCGUCAGUGGUCCAAAGUAUACCAAUUUCAACAGUUGAGCCAAAGAUUCCCACAGUUGUCCUGGAAGUUUCUGCUGAAGCUGAACGGAAGCGGCGGCAACGAGUAGAAAGUACCUGGCAAGAAAAAACAUUUAAUGCUUUAACAGUGGGAAAACCAAAUGUAUCUAUAAAUGGUCCACAUUCUGUGUCUGCAGUUCCUCCAUCAUCUGUUUGGAAUGCACAUCAUAAUUCAAACAUCCCUCAUUCAGUUGCAGAUGGACAACAUUCAUCUCCAAUUAUUCCACUUUCAUCAGCAAUAAAUCAACAGUUAUCACCAUUCAUUUCACAGUCAUCACCAAGAAGUCCACACACAUCAAUGGGAACCCCUCAACAAUCAGCUGAUCACUUGUCGCCUGUCAUACAGAAUAUGUUAGGAAGAUCACCCCAUUUCACAUGUAGUCCUCAGUCACAUGUAAAUGAUCCACAUUUAUCAAAAGAUCUAUUACAUCAGGAAAUGUCACAGAUGAAAAUGCACUAUCCUGCUAUUCAAGAGCGUUUGUCACUGUUGAUGAAAGCUCAGGUACCCACAAACAUACCUGGAUCUUCCCACAAUACUUCUGCUCAAUCUACCAAAACUAAUUUGUCUGAAAGUACAAAUUCACACAGAACUUUUGUACAAUCAAAUAAAACUUUAGUGAAAAAUGUACAAAAUGCAGAGAAUGAUGUACCCCAAGACUUAUCAGUGAAGAAAUUUUCUCAGGAACAUACUUCUGUGCAUUCAAGGUCAUUGCACUCGAGGUCUCUUUCCACGGAUUUAGCAAGAUUGACUCCAAAUAAAAGCAAAAGAUCAGAUACAACAAGAACUUUUUCAGCAGACAUGCCAGUACCAUUGACAAAAGAGAGUACAAGACAAUUGUCAUUGGAGAGUAACUCAGUUAUUUCGAGGCCAGAAAGUUCAAAGUCUUUGCCAACAGAUGUUCUUAAGUCAGGUUAUUCUGAGAUGAAAAGAUCAGAAAGUGUUCCUCUACAGCAACCACCCCUAGUGCCUAUGCUUCAGUGUAACCUCUGUAGUCGUGUACUCUACAACAAAACUGAUCUUCAUCUUCAUAUGAUGGAACAUGGAAGGUCAGCAGGUGCUGUGUACAAGAUGUUGCAAAGCAACAAGGUACUUUUAGAACAGAAAAGACCCUCAAUUGAAUCUCCUUUAGAUUUCACUAAAGCAGGGCCUAGUAAUGGUUUUGGACACAUAUCUAAGGAAUCCAAACAAAUACCACCUACUUCGUUGGACCUUUCAACAAAAAAAUCUGAGAAACCAAAAGCUGUCAAUUUGUCUGCAUCACAAACUGCGGACAACUCACCAGGAGUACAGUCUAAGUUGUUUAUGCCAUUUGUUCACAAAGCAUCUGAUAAGUUGUCUCCUAUGUCAAGUAGUGAUCAAAGUGAUUCUCUUUCUUCCCCAUCUACUCCAUCAGGAUCUUCUCAAUCAGCUGCAAGUCUGGACGCACUUCGUCAAGAAUUACGCAUGAAAAUCUAUGCACGUAGAAGAUCACAAGGACUUGAUGAGCUCAAGGUGGAAUUCAAACCUCCAGAGCCUACUGAAAUGACAGAAUCAGAGAAGUUAAAGUUGAAUUACCGUAGGGAAUGUAACCGACAGGCAGCACAGAGGAGUCGUAUGAGGAAGAAGGAUUUGGUAGACAGUCUGCUAGAGGAUCUCCAUAAAGAGGAGGUUGUCCAUAGCGAUCUCCAACGAAAGAUGGAGGCCCUUGUGGCGGAGAAAAAUUCUCUUCUCAAAGCUCUCAAGUCUCAUUCAUGUGUUAAAGCCUCUCAUAUACCAUCAGAGAAUAAUUCUAUCUUUGAAGCUAUCGAUGGCAAAGAAGGUGUCGUAGAUGUGCAAACAUCUUCAGAGAAACGUUCUGCUACCUUGGCACGCACUCUAAACUUAGAGGAAUGCUCAGAAGGCAACAAGUCAUCUGUUGACCAAAAUUCUGUUCAUAAAAACAUGGAUACAAAACAUGAAGAACAUUGUUUGGGCAAGGAAGUUUCUGUAAUUGAACCCAAAGCUGACUCUCCUGUUACAACUGAAGACGAAAGCAAUAAUGAUGACAAUGUUAAACCUUAUGUGAAUGAUAGAAAACAUGAGGAAAUUUCAAAUAGGUACUGUGAGGACAGUGAUGAAAGUUUUGAAUAUUCAGAUGAAACGGAAUCUCCAAUUUUAAAAAUGCUUACGAGUACUUGUGACAGUGAGGAAAUGACAGAUAUCUCAAAUAAUCUAAAAAUCAAAGACUUGGUGGAUAUUACAUAAAAACCACUGUCAAUUUUUUGUAUCUGUAGGUAUACUUUAACUUAGCAGAUGAAUAAUUGUUGAUUUAACCUUACAAUUGUUUUAGGUGUAAAACAAGUCAUUUAUGUGGCAAGCUAGUGGUUAAGGUUGAAUCACUUCAAACUAUACUAUCACAACAACAUAUUGGUUAAAGAAAAUCUGUCUUGGCAUUACAAUCUGAAAAUAUUUUUUUAUUCAUAUUUUACUGAAUAAUUUGAUUAAACAUGAAGGAUAAUGGCUUUGUAGAUUAUGCAACAUUAUUAUGUUCUUAGCACUACAUAUCACACACAAAAGACAUGCUAUUAUUAAUAUAAAAAUAUAAUAGGGGUAUAAAUUUCAUAAGUAUUGUUGACAGUAAAAAGAACCAAAGAGAUGUAUGUCAAUGUAGUUUGUAAAUUUUUCUCAGCAAGCAAAACAUUUUUGUUAUACAUAUCUAUCGUCUUUUGUAAUAACAAAUAUAUAUUUGUAUAUAUUACAUGUAUAUCUCAAUUAACUAUAUAACUCUAAAUAUAUAUAUUACAUGACAUGGUGAAUUUUAUUCCAGAAAUUAUCAGAAAUGCCAAAUGUAAAUCCAAAAGAGAAGAAGGGAGAUCCUUGAAAAAGAAGAAAACUGUGUAAAUGCAUGUACAAUGUAUGUAUUGAUGAAAGUAGAUAACAGUAAAUAACUGAUAAACCCCAAAUCUGCCAAGUUGGCUCUUGACCCAGUGAUUUUGUGUAAAAGAUUAUCUUGGCUGGACAUUGACAACCUUGAGAAAGUCAUUAAAAGGUGGCAAUAUAGUGUCCAGUGAUGCUAUCGAGAUGAGAAGGAAGGCUAUACCUUAUAUCAAACUUAAACCUUACAUAUAAUUGUGAAUAUGUCCAUGUCAUUCCAUCAUUAAUCUAUAAAUGAUACAAGCUAACACAUUGAUAUAUAUUGAACAAUACAUGAUUUCCAAUCAUAUUAGGUAAUAGUUUUGAUAUUGGACCUAUGCUUUGAGAGUCUAUUAAUUAUAUUAACAUGUUUUUGGAGAAAACACUGUCUUUAAAUAAAUGAGGUUACUGUUUACCUGUUAGCAAAAUAAAAUAUCAAGAAAAAACAUUAAAUUACAUACUUUUGGAAACUUAAAGAAUGUAAAAAUGACGAAGACCAAUAUUGUGUUAUAUGUUUGAUUCAACUUUAUAUUCUUCAGCAAGGUUUUUGUUAGAAAAUAGAAGUAACAACUUACUGAAAUGUUUUACGCUUAAUGUUCAUCAGCUAAAAGUAACUUAUAGGUACUGUUUGAGUAUUUUUUUGUAUUUAAUUUCUAUCAGAAUCAUGUAAAUAUGCAAAUUUUUGUGGUUAUUUCAGUUUAGGAUAUGUAAGAUUGAUUGUUUUAUCUGUUUUAUCUUAAGGGAACUUGAUGCCAAGUGUAAAACCUUCAAAAAUAAUUACUUCUAGUUUCAGCAGGAAUUUGUUGUGAUAUGUUUAUUCUAUUUGUAUUAUCAUGUUAAUUAUUAUCAAUCAUUAAUCAUUAUGUUAAAUAAUUAUUGGACUUAACUGCUUAAUGCUCACUGUCAUGUGACUACAUAUAUCUUUAUUGAUAUUUAUGAAAUCUCAAAUCAUAUUUGUGAUAGCCAUGAUGUACAUUACACAUGAUAUAUAAGAGUUAAGAAUAAUAUAAAACUAGGACUUCCACUUCCAGUUUUAAUAAGUUAUUUUUAUAAAAUCCACAAUAAAAUCACUAACAAAAUGGUUACAUGUUUACUCUGACAUUCAAGCAGAUAUAUGGUCAUUGUAUAGUCAUCCCCCCUCAUAUGUUUAACAAAACUGCCAAAUUUCAUCAAAUGUCCAUCAGCGUUAUUUUAUAUCAUUUAUAACAAAAUGGAUUCUAUGGGCAUUUUUAGCUUAACUUUUUCAAAUAUUGCUGCAGUGAGGUUGUUGUUGAUGUGGCUGUCCAGAAACUUUAACAUUGGCCAUUAUUUAUUUUCUUCUUUUUAAUGGAUUGUCUUCAUACUUGGACACAUCAAUCCUUUGGACAAGACCUUCAAGUAGACGAAAUUGAUUAUGACCACUCAUCAGUGUACUGGUAGAUUGUGAGGAGUAGUCCAGACAUGUUGUUUUAAUGGACAGACAUACAGACAGACAACAUAGAAGUUAUUCCUAUAUGUCCCCACUGCUCUGUAGAGGCAACACAAUGAUUGAUUCUAAUUAAUUAAUUACAAUCUGAAUAGUGAUGUAAAUUAUGUAAUUUAAAUGAGAAGUUUUCAAUUUAACUCAAAUUAAUUAUGAUAAUUACUUUUGGAACAACAGACAAGGUCAAACAGGAAAUUUGAAAGAAAGUACUAGGAGUACUCUACACUACAAUAUUCUCCCUCUGAGAAAUAAUAAAAAGUUGCACUUACCCCUUGCUAUGUAGUGGCUCUAGUUUAAAUGUACCAAAGUUUUAUUUCAGUAUCCCCCAAGCAGUAAAAUCAUUCAAGAAUAAUUUAGUUACAGCAAUCAUUUGUAUAUACAUUGUAUAUGAGGUCAAUGGUGUGACAAGUUUCCUCAUAUUGCAUUAAUUACACACUGCUUCCUAUAAUUAACUAGAACAGGUGCCAUAUGAGGACCAGAACUAAAAACAUGACCAAAGAAGAGUUCAAAUUCACAAAUUCUGAGUUAAGAAGCAGACAACAGGCCAUCUCUCCAAAUGUUCAGAAUCUGUUUUGGGGAAAAAAUGCAUCUUUCUAGACAUUGCAUUGAGUUGUUUUACUAUCAAUUUCUGUGACUUAAUAUAGUAAAUAUAGUUUACAUUUAAUAUACAAAUGUAGUAAAUACAACUUUACAUAUGAUAUAGUUAACAUGGUAUUACACUAAAAAAGGCAGCAGAUUGCAUUUAAUGUUUUAUAUUGUUUGUGAAGGGUCCAAAAUUAAAGUUAUGUAGUGUAAUGUAACAAAGUGAUUUGUCUGUUGAUGUGUGCCAGUUUACAGUGUUAUUGUAGCAAUGUUUGUUUGUUUGUUUGUUUAAUUUUAUUUCACAAAGAAUUUUAGUUGUCUAAUUAUGUCUAACUGGUAUAAAAAUAUUAAAACGGGUUACUUAAAUAUUGUUUGGAAGUAUAAUUAUAUCUAUACAAAAUACUUUGGCAAGGAAAGAAGUUUGUUAUUAAAUCAGACAAAAGAUGAAAAAGAAGUUUGUCUCCUGUAUUUGGAAAGGAAAAAUUACCUCCACUUUGAAAGUCUGUAAUUAUAAAUUAUUUUAAAGAAAAGGGAGGUAAUUUAGUGACAAAAAAUAAAAUAUGUAUGAAAAAUUUUGGAUUGGGAUGAAUUAUGAAUACUUGAAGUUUAAUAGACAAAAAAUUUUUAUAAGGACUUCCAAAAUAUUGCAGGUAAUAAGCAAUUAAAGGUAUUUGUUAUUUAAAUAUCUUUAAUGUCAAAAAUACUGAUUUACGUUUAUUUAACUAUUUUACAUAGCUACAUCACUGAUAUGAUUUUUAAAGUUUUUUGUUGUUUAUUUGAAUUUAUUUACUAUAAGAAAUGUGCUUAGGUAAACAUACACAAUUUAUCUUGUAAAUAUUUCAUCAUUAUUUUUAUUUGUAUUUUUAAGUGUUUAGUGUUUCAUAUUGCUAUAGUUUUUAUAAAAGUUUCAUUUUCUAUACUAUUUUGUUAAGUUGUUGUUGAGAAAAAGUUACUCAUAUAUAUUGCAGUGUGAUACUGCCAAAAUAAUUGAAAUGAAAAAAUAAAAUACUUAAGCAAU